CACCCAUCUCCAGCAGCAUGGCGUCAGUAACACGGAGGCUGCUGCUGCAAUCGCGGCGCAGUCCGUCUUCGGUAUCGUCGCGAUCGACACCGAAAUACACAUGCCAAUGGCAGCGGCCACUGUCCACAACGCCCAGUCGGUCCGCAAGAGGAGAGAGAGAAGACGGCGCUCGUGAACCGGCAGCGCCUGCGAAACCCGUCCUGGAAUCCACAUGGGCGAACACGCCGGACAAGACGAAGGCUCAGCUGCAGAAGCUUGUAGAGGACCUGAAGCAAAUGGACGCGGGGGUGGUUGAGGAUGCUGUGCGCAAGGGCAAGCAGGGCAUCCCCAUCGCGAGCGACUUUGAGCUGGACAAGGACGAAGACUUUGACCUCGUAGAAGACGAUCCCUUCCGUGUCAAGACUGGUUUCUGGGCUGAAGGAGAAGAGUCAAUGGGACCCGAUGAGGACUACUUUGGCGACGACAUCACGAGUCACGGACACGGAGAGUUGCAGAAGCACAGGGAGCUGAGGGAGUACGCGCGGUUAAUCGCGUGGGAACUGCCCCUUCUGAGCCAACUCGCCCGCCCCUUCGAACCCCCCACAGCAUCCACCCCCUUCCGCUUCCGCUACACCUCCUACCUCGGCGAGUCACACCCGGCAGCCAACAAAGUCGUCGUCGAGUUCUCGCCCUCCGACCUCGGUCUGACGCCCACCCAGCGCUCCAAACUCAUCAAGCUCUCCGGGCCACGCUACAACCCGUCCUCCGACCUGAUCAAGCUCUCCACCGAGCAGUUCGACACCCAAACGCAAAACAAGCGCUUCCUAGGCGAAACCAUCCAGACGCUGAUCUCCGAAGCCAAAGACGCCACGGAUACGUUCGAAGACGUGCCGUUCGACUUCCGCCACCACAAGCCGAAGGUGCGGUACGAGUUCCCGAAGGAGUGGGUCUUGACAGAGGAGAGGAAGAAGCAUCUUGCGGAGAAGCGGGCGGAGGCAGCGAGGUUGCAGGAUUCGAGGAAGGGGAAUGGGCAGCUGAUUGACGGCAAGACGGUGAUUGACACGAGUCUGCCGUUUUUGGAGCAGGCGGAGCCGGUGCUUGUUGAGGCGCCGAGGAGGAAGUAGGAUCGAGGGAUCGAUGGAUAGGUGGGCACGUGUGUGGAUCGAUGGAUUGAUGGAUCGAUGGAUUGAUGGAUCGAUGGAUCGAUGGAUAGGUGGGCAUGUGUGUGGAUUAGUUGUGUAUCAUACCAAGAUGAAGCCAUGUAUGUGUGGCGCGCAUAGCAUAAGAGGC